ACGCGGAAAUACUUGCCGCGCGGCAAAAAGCAACGUCAAUCUUUCAAGCUCUAAAUUUUUCGUUCUAAUAGAAAAGUUGUAAGUUGAUUGGCUACCGCGUGGUCUUUUGCCGCGCGGCAAGCGUUUCCGCGCCUGUGUGCAGAAGCUAUUACAUGAACUAUAGAUUUCCAUUACUGGCAGUGAAUUUUGGAACACAGCCCAUAUAUAUCAAAAAAUUGUACAUAAAUACACAUCGGUUUGCACACGAGUUUUUUAACCAGAGAUAAAUAAACAAAGAAGAAGAAGAAGACUUAAAAAUGGAAAAUGAUAAUCCUGUCAUAUAUGGACUCGAAUUCCAAACUAGAGCACUGUCUGCUCAAACGGCUGAGACCGAUGCUGUAAGAUUUUUGAUAGGAACACAAUCUUUAAACUUUAACAAUAAUCAGAUUCACUUGGUGGAACUUAAUGAGGAAACAGGAAAUUUAAAGACUCAAGUAUUUCAGCAUCCACUAGGAGAAAUUUGGUCCUUACAGGCUUCUCCAACCGAACCUGAUGUAUUUAUUACAUGUUAUAACCAUUUGAAUGAGGAAGGCACUUGUCAAAUGAAAGGAGCUAUUUGGAAAUUUCCUGAGAUAAAAGAGUACACGAAUGACAUUUUACAACUCUAUAAAUUAGCAGAUAUUGAUACAACCUCGUAUGGCACUGAUCUUAAAACUAUUGCCUAUCAUCCUAUAGACUGUAAAAAGAUUGUUUCUGUAGUAGAUAAUAAUUUUGCUUUGUGGGAUUUAGCAAACAAAGGACUACAGGUAGUAGCAUCUGGUACUUUGGCAGGCAAAGGUCAGCCACGAUUUACAAAUGGUAAAUGGAAUCCUCAUAAUGGUGCCAAUCAGUUUGUAACUUUGAAUGAAAAUAAUGUACGUGGGUGGGAUUUUAGAAACCCAGCCAAUGCUGCUUGGUCUAUUUUAUCUGCACAUUCGCAAAUCAUUAGGGAUUUAGAUUUUAAUGCAAAUCGUCAGUAUUUUCUAUCCACCUGUGGUGACGAUGGAUAUAUGAAAUUUUGGGAUAUUCGAUUACCGACAGAACCGGUACUAUCGCGUAUGGAGCACUCACAUUGGGUAUGGAACAUAAGAAUUAAUCGUUUUCACGAUCAGCUUGUUUUAACAUCCAGCAGUGAUUCUAGAGUGAUUUUAUAUAGUAUUGCAUCUAUCUCAUCUGAACCAUUUGGACAUAUGGUGUCGACUGAAGAUGAAUUUGUUUCGCAAAAUGACGAAUCUUGUGGAAAAAGAAAAAAAAGAAUCAUAUUAUUUCAGAUUAGAAGAUGGUCUUGUAGGAAGAUACGAAGAGCACGAAGAUAGCGUGUACGCGGUGGAAUGGUCGUCUGCCGAUCCCUGGACAUUUGCAUCUCUUAGUUAUGAUGGUAGAUUAGUUCUUAAUAAAGUACCACGUAAAUAUAAAUAUCAAAUACUUUUAUGAAUAUAUUAUAAAUUAUUAUGAUAAGGUUAAAUUAUUUGAUAGAAUAUAUAUAUAUAUAUUACUUCAUCAAUAUUAUCACAUUUCGUUAUUUAUUAUAAAUUUUUCUCUACAACCACAUUUCUAAUUGAUGUGUGUGUAUUUGUUACUAGUUGUUUUCCAUUUGCACUCAAGUGAUACUGAGUCACUCAGUUAUGUAUUUCAUACUCAGACAAUGACGUCAUUGACCUGCUUAUUUUGGUAACAAAGCUAUCGCAUAACAAUACAGAUUUAUAACCUCACUUUUAAUAUGAGUCUAUUAGACUCACUAAAGCACACGGUCUCGAUCGUGUGCAGAAACCACGUAAAAACUCAGUUGAAUCUCACUUGCUAGCAUCAAAAGGAACGUGCAUUCAACUGAGUUAUGACAUCACAAGUGAGAAUUAUCUGAGUUUUGAUGUAAAUGGAAAGCAACUACUAUAUAUAUGAUACACAGAAUAUAUAUGCAUACUAAAUAUAAAAUGCAUCUACUGUAUUCUGCUACUGUUUAUUUUGUUCCUCCUUAUAUUUGUAAUUAUAUAUUAUAUGGCAUCUACUUUUCAAUGAAGGAAAUGUAUGCAGCAUGUAACUGUAGCUAAGAACAUAUUUAUUAUUACAAACUCUUAAUAAAGAAAAAAAAAUUA